AUGAUUCCCAAACACGCUUUAAAUGCAAUCGAUCGGUUGUUAAAAGAUGUUUGCAACAACAACUUUCCAUUUGGAGGAAAAGUCAUUCUUUUUGGUGGUGACUUUAGGCAAAUUUUGCCUGUUGUGAAAAGAGGAAGACCAGCUGAAGUUGUAGAAUCAUGUAUAAAAUGUUCUUUACAGUGGCAAUGGGUGCAGAAGUUUACAUUAACUGAAAAUAUGAGAGUACGUAAUGGAGAAGGAGAUUUUUCCGAAUGGCUGUUAAAACUUGGUAGUGGAACAAUACCUGGCAAGGAGGAAGAUCCUUUUAAGGGAUGUAUUGAAAUACCGCAAGAGUGCAUUAUUAGAGAAAACAAAUCAAUUGUUGAAAAAAUAUUUGGAGAUGCUCAACAAAAUGAUUAUACUAAACGUGUCAUUUUAACACAUACUAAUGUGGAUUCAUUGUCAAUCAAUGAAGAAGUGCUUGAACGUCUACACGGAGAGGUCAAAACUUAUUUAAGUGCUGAUCAAAUAGACACUGACGAUCUUAAUGAAAUAAAUAAUUUCCCUGUUGAGUUUUUGAACAGCUUAACUCCUUCAGGUAUUCCUACUCAUUGUUUAAAAUUGAAAAUUGGUUGUGUUAUUAUGCUACUUAGAAAUUUAGAUCAUAAAGCUGGGCUAUGUAAUGGAACCCGAAAGAAAGUUUGUGCUCUCGAAAACGAUUAUAUUAAUGCAGAGGUUUUGACAGGUGUUUCUGAAGAUUCUUGUUUUGUUGCUGUUAAUGCAAGAGUCAUAUACUGUUUUACACAUGUAUAUACUAUUGGUUUACAAGAAAUAACGGAAAGAUAUCACAAUAAAAUACGAAGAACUGAAAUAUAA